AUGGAUUUACUCUUUCAGAGUUCAAAUAGCCUUGAAAAUGUGGGGUUUCAGAAUCAAACCCCUAUCAUAUAUUUUAUCAUUAAGGGAAUUUCAGAUGUCCCCCAGCUACAAAUACUGGUGUUCCUCCUUGUCUUGAUAAUAUACCUCAUAACAGUAUGUGGAAACAUGUCCCUUCUCCUGCUUGUCUGCCUGGAGCCUCGGCUUCACACCCCCAUGUACUUCUUUUUGGGCAACUUGUCCUUUCUAGAUGUGUUUUGCUUAACAAUAACCCUACAUAAAAUACUCUUCUCCUACAUGUCUGGAGAUAAAACGGUGUCCUUCAUCAACUGUAUGUCACAAAUGUACAUAUUUUCUUCCUUGACCUGCAACGAGCUGCUGAUACUGACAGCCAUGAGUUAUGACCGAUAUGUGGCCAUAUGCAAUCCCUUGCACUACCACAUGAUUAUGAAUAUUAGGGUCUGUGUUCUUUUAUGUGCCAUCUGCUGGGUUUUGGGUUUUAUGGAAGUCAUACCGCACAUGUUAGCAAUAUCACGCUUCUCCUGCUACAAGUCCAACGUUAUUAACCACUAUUUCUGUGACAUUUUGCCAAUCAUGAAGCUGUCUUGCAGUGACACCACUCUUUUGAGGUUAAUCAUCUUCAUAGAAGGGUUGUUUCUUGUAAGUUUUACCCCUUUUCUUCUCACCUUUAUCUCCUAUGUCUUCAUUAUUGCCACCAUCCUGAGAAUACGAUCCAGCUCUGGGAGACGCAAAGCCUUCUACACUUGUUCUUCACACCUUACGGUGGUCAAUAUCCUCUACAUGAGUCUUGUAUGCCAAUAUCUAAGACCAAGCUCUACUGACACUUUGGACUCCAAUAAACUUUUCUCCUUAUUUAACACAGCGGCCGUACCCAUUCUAAAUCCAUUUAUUUAUAGUUUGAAAAAUAAAGAUGUUAAGAUGGCGGCGAGAAAGCAGCUGAAAUCACUAAUGAUAUGA